AUGCGACGAUUCCAGGUUGAAACGAAGUCACCCAGUCUACCCAGAGUAGACCGCGUGCGGCAAGAGCCAGGGUCGUCCAUGGCCCCCCACUCCUCUCGUCACGGAGAUACCCACAGUACCUAUGGUCCCCACAAGCACAAGCACAAGCACCUCACCACUCCAACUCCUCUUACGUUGUACUCACUUCUCCUCACCGCGUUGGGCUCUCCUUUUGCCACGAAUUCGAACCCCAUCUUACCCAUCUCGCACAUCUAUCCAAGGGACCCUAGUCUCUGCACAACGCUGAUCCACGUUUCGAAGCUGGGUCUUAUUUACCGGGCACUGGCCAUCUGGACGCACGGUACGGCCACGGCGCACGACACAUCUCCCUCCUCCUCCUCUCAUCCCAGCUACCAGAACAAUUCGCCCUGCUUCCCUCCCUCCCUCCCUCUCCAUCUCCCUCUCCCUCUCUCUCUUUUCUCUUUCCCUCUGAGCGUGCCCCCACUCACCUGGUCCACCCCCUGGUUACUCUUGACUCUUGCUUUGGUCACAACUGGGGUGCCUACAACGUACCAGAAGAACCAGCGCCCCGGGUACAGACAGAACGCACCUACGCCACGCCACGUUCGCCGUCCAUCCGUCAUCCGCCAUCCGCCCAAAUACUUCCGCACACACCUCCCACCUGACAGGCAAUAG